AUGGCAAAUUUGUUACCAGACGAGAAUUCGGUAUACAACUGGACCGGACCGAUUUAUGUACAAGAAAACAUUAAUGAUUUAUCUCUUUUUAGUUCGCAGACUGAUUUAUUCUUACAAGAAUUCCCAUGGAGUGGGGGAGAUGAGAGAGGGGAGGAGAGUAGCCCCAUUCAUUUUGGCACGGUCUUUAAAGAAGAACAAAUAUCCAAAAAAGGAGUAAAAAGACAGUUAAUAACAGAGGAUAAAGAAAAUGACCAGAAGAUGAAAAGAGAACAACUGGAUAGACAUACAGAAAGUAUUAGACCGAUGUGUUGGGGGGAAAAAUCCUCCCAGAUAAAACAAUUACAAGAAGUGAUAAGGAAAAUGGAGGAAAACCAUACUAAUACUGUUCACAUCUUGCAGGGUAUGAUACUCCAGUUGGAGAAAGAAAAGCCAAGAAGGCAGAACAUUAUAACAUUAUGA